AUGCAUUUGUACAAUAUAACCCUUCAAAGGGCCAGUGGGAUUACCCAUGCUAUUCAUGGUAAUUUUGCUGGCACUAAACAUCAAGAGAUUGCCAUCUCUAAAGGAAGAACCUUGGAGCUCAUUAGACCUGAUAUAAAUACCGGCAAAAUUCAUACUCUCGUAUCUGUUGAAGUUUUUGGUAUAAUACGGUCCAUGUUGGCUUUUCGUUUAACUGGAGGAUCCAAAGAUUAUUUAGCUAUUGGUUCUGAUUCUGGGCGAAUUGUCAUUCUUGAAUACAAUCCAACUAAAAAUGUUUUCGAUAAGGUUCACCAAGAAACUUACGGCAAAACUGGAUGUCGUCGAAUUGUCCCCGGACAAUAUUUAGCUAUUGACCCCAAAGGAAGAGCAUUAAUGAUAAGUGCUGUUGAGAAACAAAAAUUAGUCUAUAUUUUAAACAGAGAUAGUCAAGCGCGGUUGACUAUUUCUUCUCCCCUAGAAGCUCACAAAUCAAAUACCUUGGUUUAUCAUACUGUUGGUAUCGAUGUGGGCUUUGAUAAUCCAAUGUUCGCCUGUCUCGAGAUGGAUUAUGAAGAAGCAGAUAACGAUCCUACUGGCGAAGCUGCUCAAAAAACUCAGCAAACAUUAACUUUUUAUGAAUUAGAUUUAGGGCUGAACCAUGUUGUACGAAAAUAUAGUGAGCCUUUGGAAGAACAUGGCAACUUUUUAAUAUCUGUUCCUGGAGGUGCUGAUGGACCGAGUGGUGUUCUCGUUUGCUCAGAAAACUACAUUACUUAUAAGAACUUCGGAGAUCAACAUGAUAUUCGUUGUCCAAUACCGCGUAGGAGAAAUGACCUCGAUGAUCCUGAUCGAGGAAUGAUUUUUGUUUGCUGUGCUACCCACAAAACCAAAUCAAUGUUUUUCUUUUUAGUUCAGACUGAACAAGGAGACAUUUUUAAAAUUACUCUAGAAACCGAAGACGAAACUGUCAUGGAAAUUCGUCUCAAGUAUUUUGACACUGUACCCGUUGCAACUGCAAUGUGUGUAUUGAAAACGGGUUUCCUCUUUGUUGCCUCGGAAUUUGGUAAUCAUUAUCUGUAUCAAAUAGCUCAUUUGGGUGAUGAUGAUGAUGAACCUGAAUUAAGUAGCGCUAUGCUGCUUGAAGAGGGCGAUACAUUCUUUUUUAAUCCAAGACCUUUAAAAAAUUUGGUAUUAGUAGAUGAACUUGAAUCGUUAUCCCCAAUAAUGUCAUGUCAAGUUGCAGAUAUAGCCAAUGAAGACACACCUCAACUGCUAAUGACCUGUGGUCGAGGACCUAGGUCCACUUUAAGAGUAUUAAGGCAUGGACUUGAAGUUUCUGAAAUGGCGGUAUCUGAGUUACCAGGAACCCCCAAUGCUGUUUGGACUGUUAAGCGGCGGGCUGACGAGGAGUAUGAUGCUUACAUCAUUGUGUCAUUUAUAAAUGCCACAUUAGUCCUUUCUAUCGGGGAAACCGUAGAAGAAGUGACUGACUCAGGUUUCUUGGGAACAACACCGACCCUUGCUUGUGGUCAAAUAGGAACUGAUGCACUGGUUCAGAUCUAUCCUGAUGGUAUCCGUCAUAUUCGCGCAGAUAAAAGAGUUAAUGAAUGGCGUACUCCCGGUAAAAGGCAUAUUUUGAAGUGUGCUAUUAAUCAUCGGCAAGUUGUCAUUGCUUUAACCGGUGGUGAGUUGGUUUACUUUGAGAUGGAUGUUAGUGGACAACUCAAUGAAUAUACUGAUAGAAAGGAUAUGGCCUGUGAAGUCAUUUGUUUGGCUCUUGGGGCUGUGCCUUCAAGUGAACAAAGAUCUCGUUUUCUAGCAAUCGGACUAGCUGACAACACUGUUAGAGUUGUUUCAUUAGAUCCUAAUGAUUGUCUCACACCAUUAUCGCACAACGCCGUACCUGCACCCCCCGAAUCUCUUUCCAUUGUAGAAAUGGGCGCCGGAAGUAAGGAGUUGAGAGAUGUUUCGAGUGAAAGGCUGUAUCUUAACGUUGGUUUGCAAAAUGGUGUUCUUUUAAGGUUCAUCCUUGACCAUGCAUCUGGAGAUCUGACUGAUACUCGAACUCGAUAUUUGGGAACUCGACCAGUUAAAUUAUUCCGUAUUCAAAUGCAAGGCUGUGAUGCAGUUCUAGCAAUAUCCAGUCGUUGUUGGUUACUUUACUAUCACCAAAGUCGCUUUCAUCUUACUCCUUUGUCAUAUGAGACACUUGAAUUUGCUUCUGGUUUUACCUCUGAACAAUGUCCUGAAGGCAUUGUUGCUAUUUCUGGAAAUACUUUAAGAAUUUUAUCUCUUGAAAAAUUAGGAGCAGUAUUUAAUCAUCAAUCAUUCCCCCUUGAAUAUACUCCAAGAAAAUUCGCAAUUCAUCCUGAAAGCGGUAACUUGAUGAUUAUUGAAACAGACCACAAUGCAUAUACAGAAGAAUCUAAAAAGGCUAGAAAGCAACAACUGGCAUUAGAAAUGGUCGAGGCUGCAGGUGAAGACGAACAAGAAAUAGCAGCGGAAAUGGCUGCUGCAUUUAUCAGUGAAGAUCUUCCUGAGAAUAUCUUUGGUGCUCCUAAGGCUGGAGUAGGUCAAUGGGCUUCUUUAAUUAGAGUUAUCGAUCCAAUUUCAGGCCAGACUCACCAUAAAGUUCCACUUAAGCAAAACGAAGCUGCGCUUAGUAUAUCUAUCGUACGUUUUGCACAACACGGCGAUGUUCCUUUCCUCCUUGUUGGUGUUGCUCAUGAGCUUCAGCUAAACCCAAAAAAAGUUAAGAGUGGCAGUAUAGAAACCUAUAGUAUCUUAGAUGAUGGCAAGCGUCUAGAAUGGAUGCACAGCACUCCAAUCGAAGAUGUGCCUCAUUCAAUAUGCCCGUUCCAAGGAAGAGUUCUGAUCAGCAUUGGAAGAUUGCUGAGAAUUUACGACAUUGGAAAGAAAAAACUACUUCGUAAAUGCGAAAACAAACAUUUUCCUUAUUGUAUUGUAUCAGUUCACGCCAUGGGAAAUCGUAUCUAUGUAACUGAUAUUCAAGAGAGUGUUUUCUUUGUGCGUUAUAAGGCUGCAGAUAAUCAGCUUGUGAUUUUUGCUGACGAUUCUACUCCUCGUUGGAUAACAGCUUCUUGUUUGAUUGAUUAUCAAACUGUUGCCAUUGGUGACAAAUUUGGUAAUUUCAGUGUCCUCAGGUUACCUCACGGUAUUACCGAUGAUGUUGAUGAAGAUCCUACUGGAGUCAAAUCAUUAUGGGAUAGAGGUUGGCUUGGAGGAGCAUCUCAAAAAGUAGAGACUAUCUGUAAUUUCCAUGUUGGCGAAAUCAUUCAUUCGCUUCAGAAAACUACACUCAUUCCUGGACUCUCUGAACUGAUUCUUUAUACAACUCUUUUUGGAACUGUUGGAGUCAUGGUUCCUUUUUCUUCUCAAGAAGAACAUGAUUUCUUCCAACAUAUUGAAAUGCACCUUCGUACUGAAGCUGCACCUUUAUGUGGUCGAGAGCAUCUUUCUUUCCGAUCUUACUAUUUCCCGGUCAAAAAUGUCAUUGAUGGUGAUCUCGUUGAACAAUUCAAUCUGAUUGACUUGAACAAACAAAAAGCCAUUGCAGAAGAUCUAAACUACUUACCCGCUGAAGUAUCCAAGAAACUUGAAGAUAUGCGAAGUCAAUUUGUAUUUUAACUACAUAAUCAUGAAUUUUCUUUAAAAUUAAUUGUAUUUAUUAAAUGUAUAUUCUUUGUAUGUAAAUUCAAAAGUACAAAAACAAAUUGAAUAACUUUGUUUGCAUUAUAAACAAAUAAUUUAACAAAUUAUUACAAUAUAUUAUUUUGUAGAUUUUCAAA